AUGGUGCCCAGGGCUCUCGGGGCUCUCCUGGCCCUGCUGCCGCUGGCCUCGGCGCUACAGAGCCCAGCAGGUGCCCAGCAUGAGCCCGCCCUGCGCCGCCUGGCCCGGCACCUCCUGGCCCACUACCAGAAGGGCACCCGGCCUGUGCGGGACUGGCGAACCACCACCAACGUGGCCAUCGACCUCAUGGUCUAUGCCAUCCUCAGCGUGGAUGAGAAGAACCAGGUGCUGACCACCUACAUCUGGUACAGGCAGCACUGGACAGACGAAUUCCUCAAGUGGGACCCAGCUCGCUUCGACAACCUGACGCAGAUCUCCCUCCCUGUAGAGAGCAUCUGGGUGCCUGACAUCCUCAUCAAUGAGUUUGUGGAUGUUGGAAAGUCCCCACACGUCCCCUACGUUUACGUCAGCCAUCACGGGGAGGUGCAGAACCUCAAACCCAUCCAGGUGAUGACCGCCUGCAGCCUGGACAUCUACAACUUCCCCUUCGACGUCCAGAACUGCUCUCUCACCUUCACCAGCUGGCUGCACCACAUUCGUGAUAUCAACCUCUCGCUGUGGCGGCAGCCGGAGCUCGUUAAGUUCGACCGAAGCGUCUUCAUGAACCAGGGCGAGUGGGAGCUGCUCUAUGUCCUCAGCCACUUCCAGGAGUUCAGUGUCAAGAGCAGUGACAGCUACGCUGAGAUGAAGUUCUAUGUAGUCAUCCGGAGACGCCCCCUCUUCUACACCGUCAGCCUGCUGCUCCCCAGCAUCUUCCUGAUGGUUAUGGACAUUGUGGGCUUCUACCUACCUCCCCACAGUGGUGAGAGGGUCUCUUUCAAGAUCACUCUCCUGCUGGGCUACUCGGUUUUCCUCAUUAUUGUAUCCGACACAUUGCCAGCCACGGCCGUCGGCACGCCGCUGAUAGGCAUCUACUUUGUGGUAUGCAUGGCACUGCUCGUCAUCAGCCUGACAGAGACCAUCCUGAUUGUGCGCCUGGUGCACAAGCAAGACCUGCAACCCCACGUGCCUGAGUGGCUGAAACACCUGCUGCUGGAAAAAGCCACCAUCCUGCUCUGUAUCCGGGACAGGAAGAAAUUCAGCCCAAACAGGACUCAAAAGCUGGACACCUCCAGGCAGGUGGAGAACAAUGACAGCACAGCCAAGCCGACCCCCUACGUCUGUGAGGACCCCCGGGAGUGCGGGGCAGGGGGCACGAGGUCUGCACUGGCCUCUGCUGGCCGGACAGAGGGCUCAGCAGCACUGCAGGAGGUGCUGCGUGAGGCCACGGCUAUCCGCCAGCUCCUGGAGAAACGGGAGGAAUUCCGCGACGUCGCCCGUGAGUGGCUGCAAGUGGGCUACGUGUUGGAUAUCCUGCUGUUCCGGGUGUACCUGGCAGCCGUCCUGGCUUACAGCAUCACACUGGGCACCCUCUGGUCGGUGUGGAGGGAUGCCUGAGCAGUGUCUAUGCUUCAGGGCGGGAGACAGGGGAUCUCACUCUGGUGGGCUCUCCCGGGCUCUGGGAUUCACCCGUGUCUGCCGACCCAGGCGAGCGCACCCCUCACGUCCCUCAGCUCCGCAGCGAGAACGCGGAGCUGAGCAGGAGCCCCCAGGACCCCACGACCCUGCCCAAACCUCUCCCCAUGCUUCCCCUGCCAACGCCGGGAGCGCCCCCGGCCCGGCCCGGCCGCGGCCGCGGCUUCAGCACCGCGGACAGCGGCCCCGCAUCGGGCGGGGUCCUCCUGCACUGGGGAUAUCCUCCGCCCCAGGGGUCCCGCUGUCCUCGGCUCCCCUACCUCUCACCCUGCUGCUGCCUUUAUUCCCCACCCCGGGCCCCCGGCACGCUUGCCCAGCAGAUCCCCACCCUGCUUGUGCCCAGCAGUUUUAGAGCGGGAGAGAUCCGGUGUCCGGCCGCGGCCAGACCGGGAUGGCACCGGGACUGACUCCGUGAGCACGCGGUGCCGGGGCAGAUGUGCACAGAUGUGCACAGCUGCGUCGGUCCCCAGCCCCCACUGUCCAUCUGGCCCUGCCAGGACAGAGGCACAAGGUGAAGAGGAGAGGAAAGUGCUGCAGAUGCCGUGAGGGCCCAUCCCAUGCUCUAGGAGCAUCUCUGCACAUGGGCCUGCAGGUGAUGGGGGAUAGGCGGGUCAAUACCCCCUGGUUCUCAUACAUACGCCCUCAAACCCACCAGUCUCCGAGCAAGACUCCCACUCACCCUCCCAGAGCCAUCACCUGCAGGAAAACUUACCUCUGAGUGAUGGAGGCUGAGGACGGGUGGAGUGGGCUCCUGCCAGCGCCGGCCCGCACUAACGCGCUGAUGGUCUGUAAGUGGCUGCCUAUUGAUGAGGUGUCCAGUUAAAGAGUUCGUGAGACACUAAAUCAGCCCAUUGAUCCUGCCGAGAUCGAUGGUGCUACAGACCUGAUCAGUGCAGCGGGCAAUUAACACCCUCUGGAAUGAGCUGCCUUCGUGUAACAUCAAACGCUCCAACAGACAAAUCCAAUGGGGCCAUUGACCUGGGUGUGCGAUGCCACCCAGCCCGUGUGUUGAUGAGGGUGCUGGGCAGCAAGACUUCUGAGCCAGCCUUGCUCUCCCUCUCCUGCCCACCGUGACCCUGAUGUCCCCCAGGGCUGCACUGCAAGAUGCUCACCUGUGCUGCUGUAUCCCAUGGAAUGUUUUGGUCCUUAUCCUUGUCCUCCCAGUGCUAGGAAGCCAUCAUACACCCAACCUAACCCCUCAAGCAGCUCAGCAGUCCUUUUCCCUGGAAGGACAGGCUGCCCGUGCUGGAGGAAAGAUUGUUUCUCCCUUUGCCCUCUUGCUACUUUGGGAAGUGCUGCGUGUAGGGAAAAGUUCUAGGCAUCUCUGAGAGAAGCCUGGAUUUUCCUCUUAAAAAAAAAAAAAAAAUCAAUAAAUCUGAAUCUAAUCUCCU